UUCUAUUAAUAAAGAAACAAAUAUGAUUGAAAUUUGGAAAAAAGAUCCGAAAAAAGGUGCCAAACCAAGUUCAGCAACUACCCCACUUCCUGGUUUAAGUGUAGCUAGGCAAUGGUAUCUAUUUGCUGAAGUACAAAAGCACAUUCAAGUCAGAGAAAAACAAGAUUGCCUUUGUCCUGAACCAGUAAUUCCAAGACCACCAAAAA